AUGUCUGCCGUAUCGAAAGAAACUGCUUCUCGCUCUGAUGAUGCCAAGUCUUCUGCCAUUCAUGACCCUUCCACAUCGGAGUCCAGCGGAACGGUUUAUCCAUCUGAAGUGGUUCAGCCUACCCGAAGCCAUUCCGUUCUCCAACAAGGAAAUACCCAGCCAGGAAGUGGUAGCGUCGUUCACGACGGUGCAGACCAAGAGCCCAGAGUACUAGAACUACCGUCAGAUGGACAAUCCCAUCACUCUAAUAUCCAAGCCCCAUUCAAAGAACGUGUCGUUGGGGCUGCACUGAAAACUCGAGGCACGCUCUUGAACAAGCCCGAAGUCAAGGAGACCGGCCAGCAACUGCUCGAUGGAAAAAUUGACAUCCCAGAAGCUCGAUCCAAUAUCAAUUAA